AUGGUGAGCAGAAAAGAGGGGAGAGAAGAGCAGGAGAAAGGAAAGGAAAUGAAAGGCAAGGAGAUUAGUGGAGUAGAGAGAAGAGGACAAAGAAUAACAAUGGAGAUUAUUUUACUUUUACUCUUCAUGACUGUCAGAAGUAGUCAGCUGCUCCUGAGUAAGUGUGGAACAGAAGCAAGACUGCCACAGGCUACUGACAUCGCAGUGCAGUGUGGUACUUCAUCCAUUGAUCUGGCGAUUGACAUCUGCCCCGUCAUGUACACUGGCUACAAUGAGACUCUGCUGAUCCUGAACAAUAUCUUGGACCCAGCCUGUAGAGCAACCCUGGAUGAUUCUCUGACUCCACCUGUUGCUCGUUUUAAUUUCCCAUUAAAUAGGACCCACGCCUGUGGAAGCAUAUUCAGGAUCACCAGUGAUGCUGGGACAGGUAUGUUCUCUGACUUUUCCAACAUCCAGACGGUCAACAUCAGCGGUGUGGUUCAGUCCAUCGAUCCUACAAUAGCCACAGUCACUUACGAUACUGAGCUGAAGUACUACUACUCCUGUGCCUAUGCCUUAGAAUAUUUGAUUAACAACACUGACAUUGAUGUGUCUGAGUCUUCUAUUGCAAUCAAGGACAACAAUGGGAAUUUCAUCAGCACCUUAAGCAUGAAACUGUUCAGUGAUGCCAACUACACUCAACCAAUGGUCAUUCCACGUUUGGGCAUUCAAUUGAGGACCAGUGUGUAUGUCGAGGUCAAGGCCACCAACUUGACAGGGCAGUAUAACAUCCUGCUGGACCGGUGCUAUGCCUCUAUCUCCCAGCUGCCUUCAAACUCCACCUUAUUUAACCUGUUUGUCCCCUGUUCAAAGGAUACGUUCACCACCAUGAUCGAGAAUGGAGACAGCCAGAGUGCCCGCUUUAGCUUCCCGGCCUUUCGUUUCAUCGAGCAGCAGAACCAGACCGUUUCCACCUACUACCUCCACUGCAUCACCCGGCUCUGUGAAAAAAGCACUUGCGACACCUUCAAGCAGUGCAGCAAGAGAAGGAAGAGGGGCACAUUGGACACAUCUACUGUGGGUAUAACCAAGAUUUACACCAUGACCUCUUUGGAGAUCAUCACCAAAUCAGAUAACACAGAGUCCAAAGAGAAACCCCUUAUAACAGGAGAAGACAACUCUGCUGUUAGGCUUGGUGUGGCUGUUGGCAUCCUUGCCUUUGCUUGCUUUAUUGUCUACGUUGCAGCUGUGUUUUACAAAAGGCUCAAGAAGUAA